CACAGGCAAUGGUUGUUUCUUUCUCAUUGGGAAUGGGACCGAUUCCGUGGCUCAUUAUGUCUGAGAUCCUUCCUGUGAACAUAAAGGGUUUAGCUGGGAGUAUAGCAACGUUAGCGAAUUGGUUCUUCUCAUGGUUGAUCACCAUGACUGCAAACUUGCUCUUAGCCUGGAGGAGUGGAGGAACUUUCACUCUGUACGGUGUGGUUUGUGCGUUCACGGUGGUGUUUGUGACUCUGUGGGUUCCUGAGACCAAAGGGAAGACGCUUGAAAAACUUUAAGCCUUAUUCAGAUGAGAAAGACAUCAAAACGAUCAAUUUCAUUCUUUUGUAUUUAUCUCUCUACAUCUCUGUUUUGGCCAAAGAACAAGAAGAAACAAAGAGAUAAUGUGAGAAGUUGCUAAGAUUUGUUUGUUUGUUAUGUCAAUAAUCUUCUGUCACAAUGUAUAUGACCACAUUUUCAU